AUGCCUAUCAAAUCGUCGUUUCCCGACCUCACAAUCCCCAAUGUCGACAUCUGGUCGUUUAUGUUUGAGCGCAAGGACCGGCCAUUUCCCGAUGAUAAGGUCCUCUUCGUUGACGCAGACACCAAGCGGUCGUACACCUACGCACAGGUCCGCGACACCGCGCAGAGUUUCGCGCACGGCCUCAAGGCGACAUGGAACUGGAAAAAGGGCGAUGUUCUGGCAAUCUUCUCGCCUAACAGCAUCGACACGCCUCCACUCAUGUACGGUGUCCACUGGGCUGGCGGUGUGAUUUCGCCGGCAAACCCAACGUAUACCGUCGAAGAACUUGCCUUUCAAUUGAAGAAUAGCGAAGCCAAGGCACUCGCCACACAGGUCGCUAUGCUCCCUGUCGCGCGAGCUGCUGCGAAAAAAAUCGGAUUGCCAGAGGAUAGAAUUAUUCUUAUUGGAGAUCAGCGCGAUCCGGAGGCUCGCUUCAAGCAUUUUACUUCGGUCAGGAACCUGGCUGGAACUGCCCGGUACCGCAGGACCAAGGUCGACCCGGCUAAGGACGUCGCAUACCUGGUCUACUCUUCAGGAACGACUGGCUUGCCCAAGGGUGUCAUGCUGUCUCACAGAAAUAUCAUUGCAAACGUUCUGCAAGCGCAACAAGGCGACGCAUACAAUCUAAAGUGGAACGGCGGACCGGAUAACCAGGGGGACAAGAUCUUGGCCUUUUUGCCAUUUUUCCACAUAUAUGGUUUGACCUGCAUGAUCCAUGCCGGUAUAUACACUGGCUACGAGGUCGUGGUCAUGCCGAAAUUCGACAUUGAACAGUUUUGCGUUCACGUCCAAAACUUCAAAAUUACAUAUGCCUUCGUCGCGCCCCCAGUUGUACUUUUGCUCGGAAAGCAUCCCAUUGUCGAUAAAUACGAUCUGUCAAGCUUGCGAAUGAUGAACUCUGGAGCGGCGCCCCUCACUCGGGAAUUGGUCGAGACCACUUCAUCGCGAAUUAAAGUCGGUAUCAAGCAGGGAUACGGACUCAGUGAGACUAGCCCAACGACACACAUGCAACCCUGGAAUGAAUGGGACAAGACAAUUGGAUCGGUGGGCAAGCUGGUCGGUAACAUGGAAGCCAAAUACAUGACUACACCAGAAGACGACAGCGAGCCUGUAGAGGUGCCUGCCGGACAGGUUGGCGAGCUAUACAUGCGCGGACCAAACAUUUUCUUGGGCUAUCACAAAAACAAAAAGGCAACCGAGGGUUGCCUGUCUGCAGAUGGCUGGUUCCGCACUGGCGAUGUCGGUUAUCAGGACGAAAACUUUGAUUUCUACAUCACCGAUCGGGUCAAGGAACUCAUCAAAUACAAAGGGUUCCAGGUUCCCCCAGCUGAGUUGGAGGGUCUCCUUGUUAACAAUGAGCUGGUUGACGAUGUUGCUGUUAUCGGAGUUUAUAGCGAAGAUCACGGCUCAGAGGUGCCUAGGGCAUACGUUGUGCGCAGCGCCAAGAGCAAAUCGUCUGGCUCCAGUGACUCCGAUGAAGCGGAUAAUAUAGUUCGCUGGAUGCACAGCAAAGUUGCGCAGCAUAAACGACUGCGCGGUGGCGUUCGAUUUGUCGAUGCCAUUCCGAAAAGUGUCAGUGGCAAGAUCCUCCGCCGAGUCCUCAAGGAUCAGGCCAAGAAGGAACAGGAAACCCCCAAGGCCAAGCUGUAA